ACUUCCAGGGGUUUACUCUGAGCUUCUUGAGGCUUUUCAGCUUCAGAUGCAAAGCGAGUGGGUGUCUCUCAGAGAAGCAGAAAGAGAAAGAGAGAGAGGUGUUUCCCUCAGUUAUGGAAACGCUAUAAAGAGAGCUGGCUUCCCUUCUCCUGAGCAGUCAGCAACAGGAGUCCCGACCUCGACACUUCAGCCUCCGCAGGAUUGAGAGAAGCAAAACCCUUCCCUGGGGCUGGCCCGAGCCACUGGCUGCCAUGCAGCAGCCUUUGAACUACCCAUAUCCCCAGAUCUACUGGGUGGACAGCAGUGCCAGCUCUCCCUGGGCCCCUCCAGAGUCUGUGUUUGCCUGUCCAUCCUCUGUGCCCAGAAGACCUGGUCAACGGAGGCCCCCACCCCCACCUCCACUGCCACCUCCACCAUUGCCACCGCUGCCCCCACUGCCGCCACCGCCCCUAAAGAAGAGCAGGGACCACAACACAGGCUUGUGGCUCCUUGUGAUAUUUUUCAUGGUGCUGGUGGCCCUAGUUGGACUGGGCCUGGGAAUGUAUCAGCUCUUCCACCUGCAGAAGGAGCUGGCGGAACUCCGCGAGUCCACCAGUCAAAGAGAUACCAAAUCAUCUUUGGAGAAGCAAAUAGGCCACCCCAGUUCACCCUCUGAGAAAAAGGCACUGAGGAGAGUGGCCCAUUUAACAGGUAAACCCAACUCAAGGUCCGGCCCGCUGGAAUGGGAAGACACCUAUGGAAUUGCCCUGAUCUCUGGAGUGAAGUAUCAGAAGGGUGGCCUUGUGAUCAAUGACACUGGAGUGUACUUUGUGUAUUCCAAAAUAUACUUCCGGGGUCAAUUCUGCAACAACCAGCCACUGAGCCACAAGGUCUACAUGAAGAACUCUAAGUAUCCCCAGGACCUGGUGCUGAUGGAGGGUAAGAUGAUGAACUACUGCACUACUGGCCAGAUGUGGGCCCGCAGCAGCUACCUGGGGGCUGUGUUCAAUUUCACCAGUAAUGACCAUUUAUAUGUCAACGUAUCUGAGCUCUCCCUGGUCAAUUUUGAAGAAUCUAAGACAUUUUUUGGCUUAUAUAAACUCUAAGAAACGCACUUCAGGAUUCUUUCCAUAUGGCUCCUUGUUAUAGGUACUGGGGACAUUGUCUCGAAUGAAGGUCUUCUUAAGCCUACUUGAGGUCAAGUGAGAAGACAUGAACCACAAUGACCUUGAGACCACAGGGUCCAGCAGGUCUGCAGUUCCUCAUCUCACCCAAGGCCCAUGAGCCGGAGAGGAAGAGGAACAUGACUGAAGAACACAGUGCUCUGGGCUGCCACACAAAGGUGCAGAGACAUACAGAAGCCACCCUCUGGUGUUCCAGACCCAUGUUAAGAGGUCAAGAGCAAGUUAACACAUUGAGAAGGACACCUUUAACCACCUCCCAGUGUGGGUCUACUUGCUACCUCAGGGAGAGCUAUCAUCAGAUACAUGGAUAUAACAUGGAUGUACAAGGGAUGGAGAAGAACGAGGCAUGCAUGAUAAGCUACAGGGACCCAAAGAGGCCAACACCCUGCUGGUGGCAUCUUUACUGCACAUCCUGAGCUACCAAGUAAUGCUGAGAAGCAAAAGGGGUGUUGGGGACUUAGUCCACUCCAACACACCAGGUGCAUUUCCAGUGCAAUUGUAAGGGUGUGUGUGUGUGUGUGUGUGUGUGUGUGUGAGAGAGAGAGAGAGAGAGAGUGUCUAAAGACUCCCAUAAAUAGAGCAAAUGUGAGAUCAUGAAAAACAUAUUUAGGAAAAACUGGAUUUUGAAUGCUUUUGGUGACCAAGUCUAAUAGUCUUCAAAUUUUUUUGUCACCUACUGAUAUUCAGGUAUUGAUGCUCCUUUAUUAUAACAAAUAUUUAUUUUUUUAUUUUUAAUGAAUGGAAGAUAUGUAAUAAAAGCUCUACUUCA